UACAAUUUAAACAUUAGAAACUAAACGUAUUCACAAUUUUAUGUCAUUCUCAAAAUGUGUUUAAAACAAAUCGGGUUGUUGACCGUUUGCGGUGUGGUCAGUGUUAUGCUAUCGAUAACACGUGUAAAUGGAACAUCAACCGUGCGUGAUAUUAAAUCAACAGUGGAAUCUUUAUUUAACAAGGUGACAUCAGAACAAGUGAAACAAGACUCACCCUUUAUACCGCCAUUAUUUUGGGAGAAGAAGCGGGGAACGUGGGAAAGUGACGUCAGAUUCUACUUUCAUGGGCAUGAAGAGCUCUUCCUGAUGCGCGAGGCAUUCCGUGUCUAUGACGACAACAUGUUUGCAACAGCAUGGAUUACGUCAUGUCUACUUGAGUCAUUUCGCUAUGGAAACGCACCAAAACCAUUGGAAGAUGCUGUUACAGCAGGGGUUCUUGCUAUUGAAGAGUACCAUGACAAGAAUGUCAACUAUUCGAACUCCUUAAUGACUUUCUGGCCUCAGAAGUAUAAUGCUACAUACAAAGCGUGGUCAAGUUAUCCUUAUAACUUGCAUCACUUCUUUGAUUUAGCGGCAUCUACUAACUUUUCGGCCUUUGAACAGCUUUUAGAUAGAAUCGGAUUGCAGGACAUUGCUGAAAUAAUGGAGCGCCUCCUUAGAACAGAGCAUGGUUACCUCCAUGCUUUUCAGAUUCCUCCAGACUUUGAUGACACCUUUGUCAACCUCGGUCUAGGUUCUUUACUAGCGGAAAUGAAGGAUGAAUUUCCGGCAGCGCAUGCGCAGUGGCAGUCUCAAAAUACCAACGUGACGUCAGUGUUUGAUGCAUUGAAGAAAUACGCUUACCGCCCAAUGUCUUCAGACUACAACGUUAAUGCAAUAGACUGUAGAACGUACUUCUACCUUAGAUAUUUUCUACAGAAAGUUCCUAAAGAUGAAGAUGUCAUGCUUGUUCCAACGUGGAUACAAAACGCCGAUGAAGUGAAAAUCUGGUCGAGCCGUGGUGUUGAUAUGCCUUUCAACACCAAUAAUGUUGACGUCACUGUUGCUGCAAACGCUGUGUUUGGAAUAACGACGUCUAUUUUGAACGGCGUCAUUGAUUCAACAGUGUUAGAUGACACUGAUAUAAAGCAAAUAUACUGGAAUACUUCAAACCUGAUCGCUUCAAUGAUUCAAACCAACUUCAGCUCUAGACACGACUUGGCCCUUCUUUAUUAUCCCUCCGCCAUUGAGUUUUACUGGUUUGUUGCCCGUACAUAUGGGGAAAUCACAAGGAAAGAAAAACACGGACCACUACCCCAUCCGAUUUUGAAUGAUGUCAAAGAACGUCUAAGCGAGGUGCUACACGAUCACAUGACAACAGACCUUCUCAAUAAAGCGAAGAACGAUAGUCAAGGUCACUUAUAUUACGACGAUUUUGUUGGCGACGGAGACAUUGAUGCCAACAACAACACUUUGGUUCGUGGACAAGAUCGAUUGUUUACAACUGGGAUGGCAAUUAACGCAUUACUGAGCACAUGGACGGUAUUUGAUGAACAGACUAAGAAACUUAUAUGGGAGAAAGGCACACCCACAGAAGUAAAGGACACAGUGUCAAAGGCCGCUGCAUUCCUUCAGGCUUACGAAUUUGGUCUCACCUACCAGCCUUGGAACGCCUUCUUCUCGGGCUCAGUCAAAGGACACACGACUGGUGUCAGAUACCCGAUGAACCGGAGGACGCUCAUACCAGGCGAUAAACCCCAGGGAUACAUGACUGCGGUGCAGGGUGUGAUUUAUGAGCAAGAAUAUCAAGAGCUUAUCAAAAAAGGCGUAUCUGGAGAGCCAGUGCCAAUUGAUUUUCAUGGCUACAACGAUUAUCCUGACUAUUGGCCAUUCUGGAGUUCCGAGCCGUAUACAUAUGUAACAAAUAUGCUUGCUCUUGCAAAGUAUUCAAAUACAUAUGAGGAGUAGAUACUUGAAAGCUAACUUCAACUCUCUUUUUAAGCUUUUGAAACAAAUUCUCCAUUAAACUAUUAUAUUUGCAAGUGAAUGCGAGUCUUGUUGUUCUCAUAGCCUUUUUGGCGUUGUCAGGGUCGUUUUUAACAAAUAACGGUAAUGUUACCCAUUACUGAGAAACCAUUCAAAACUUGAAAAUGAACCUUGUUCCUAUGUUGCCACCUACAAUAUACACGUGCAUAUCAAGGCUUUGGUAAUGGUUAUGCUUUGUGUUGGACAAAAAACAUCAGAUGAGCGCUGACACUCACUCCGCGUCGCUCUAAUUGACUUUUUACAAAUAAAGUAUUAUCUUGAAAAAAUUGUACAUACUUCCUUUAAAUAGAUGCCAUAAGUUAAUAAAUAUAAAUAUUUUA